CCGGCCGGACAAGAAGGCAGAGCUUGUGGCGGUGGCGACCCUUGAGAGGGCUUCAGAGACGCAGGGUGACCAGCAGCGCCUGCAGCUGCCCUCCCGCUCUCCACUCCGACGCGACCGGGCGGCGGCGGCCACGACCUCCAGCUCCCCGGGUUUGGCCGGCUGCGCCCCGGGCGCAUCUGCGCGCCUGGCCCCGCGCUCGGCGACCGACAGGGCGAUGGGUCCUAGGCGGGACUGAGCGUCCUCCCCUCCCUCCCCACCUCGCCAGACCGCCCCUCCCUCCGCUCCCCCCAGGGCGAGCGGCGGUCUGCGCCGCCCCUUCCUUUUCUGGUGCCCCCCAGCUCCCCUUCCUUCUGUCCCCUCCCUCCCCCGGACCCAUUCCCUGGGCCACCAUGGCCGCGGCCAUCGCUAGCGGCUUGAUCCGCCAGAAGCGGCAGGCGCGGGAGCAGCACUGGGACCGGCCGUCUGCCAGCAGGAGGCGGAGCAGCCCCAGCAAGAAUCGCGGGCUCUGCAACGGCAACCUGGUGGAUAUCUUCUCCAAAGUGCGCAUCUUCGGCCUCAAGAAGCGCAGGUUGCGGCGCCAAGAUCCCCAGCUCAAGGGCAUAGUGACCAGGUUAUAUUGCAGGCAAGGCUACUACUUGCAAAUGCACCCUGAUGGAGCUCUCGAUGGAACCAAGGAUGACAGCACUAAUUCUACACUGUUCAACCUCAUCCCAGUGGGACUGCGAGUUGUUGCCAUCCAGGGAGUGAAGACAGGGUUGUAUAUAGCCAUGAAUGGAGAAGGUUACCUCUACCCAUCAGAACUUUUUACCCCUGAAUGCAAGUUUAAAGAGUCUGUCUUUGAAAACUAUUAUGUAAUCUACUCAUCCAUGCUGUAUAGACAACAGGAAUCUGGUAGAGCCUGGUUUUUGGGAUUAAAUAAGGAAGGGCAAGCUAUGAAGGGAAACAGAGUAAAGAAAACCAAACCAGCAGCUCAUUUUCUACCGAAGCCAUUGGAAGUUGCCAUGUACCGAGAACCAUCUUUGCAUGACGUUGGUGAAACGGUCCCGAAGGCUGGGGUGACACCAAGUAAAAGCACAAGCGCGUCUGCAAUAAUGAAUGGAGGCAAACCAGUCAACAAGAGCAAGACCACAUAGCCAGAUCCUCACAGGUGUUGUGACUUACUCCCUGAGCACAGUUGAGUGAUUUAUCCUUACAGACCUUCUGGCUCCCGGGGCUGAUGAGCAGCAGAGAAAGCAAGCUGAUGCUUGCCCUUUGCUGUCUCAGAACUUCUUCGUUGCAAGUGGAUAGAUCUCAACCUGUGGGCCCCCCACAACAAGAAGACACCUGGACAACCAGCUAACUCAGACCAUGGAAUGCCCUACCAGAUAUGGAAUGCCUUUUUAAUAUCUUUUCUGUGACUGUGACACUCCAUGUGAAUGACAUACUUCACAAGUACACUCGAUACCUUGCCUGCUGACAGCUACCCAUAAUCCUUUUGAGUCCUGUUUCCACGAAAUCCAUGUGUUUAAGUUCAAUUUUGUAGCACACAAAUAAUAUUGAGUAAUUUCUAGUUAGACGCUGUAAACCUGUGCUAUUAUGGAUUUCUCUUCCCGUUUUUACAGGGCUGCUCGCUCCACUGUCUGUGACCUUUUGCAGUGAUUGUGUUCCUCUAAAUCUUAAAUGUUGCAGUUGGCUUAGAUUGGAGAGCAAUCAAGGAAUCAGGAAGCCUUCUAAACCUAUUAUUACAAAUUGCAUCUAUAAAGAUUAAGGUGGUUGUCUCUGGCUCACAUUACUGAUUAAACACACAUAUACACUCUAUCUAGUAGCAGAUACUGGGCUCCCAAGGUCGCUGUUGCCUGGGUGGGACAAGGGUCAAACACAGACAUGGGAAGCUCUCUACAGUAAGUGUUUGACACCCCUUCUAGUUUCUUUGUGCGUGUGUGUUUUAUACAUAUCACAAGCUUACUGGUAAUGGUAACAUUUGCCUUGCCCAGCGAGCAAGACCCACUGGUUUUUGAGAAAGUGGGUCCAAAGAAUUCUGUAGGCCUUGUGGGCCUGAUUAAGGUUCAUUUUUCAUCUAUUAGUCCUCAUUAUUGGAAAAAAAAAGGAAAAAUCAAUCAUUACAACCUACAAGAAAUGUGCUACCUAAAUCCAUUUGUGUUCCACUCCUUCCUUCCUGUUUUUAAUGAACCAAAUCUACAUUGUUCCCUUUUGAGCUGCGUUCCACUCAUACUCAGCCAAGCAUGGGCAAGGCGGCUGUUGAGUUCUUUUCUGCAGCAGCAAUGCAAACAUUAGUUAUAAAUUAGACUUUAAUAUUUUUGGUGUUUAAUGACAAGUUUUUAAACUGGACAUACGAGGAAAAAUAUUUUUUUUAGCUCAGCAUGCUGAGUCUGGUACUGUGGAUCUCACCAGUACAUACCUCUAACUCAGCUUUUGGGGGCCCAUGUUGGCUGGUGGCUGAGUUAGAGGUGCCUUGCCAUGAUCUCAGACUACCCUCUGUCGAAUAUUCUAGAUAAAAAUAAAGCAAACCAACACUCUCAAACAUCAAGUUUUUGGGCCAUUUGAUUUAUUUGCUUUGUUUUAUUUUGCUCAUUUAAUUUCCUUUUGGAUUGGAUACUACUAAACUCUGAGCUUGGGGAAGGCAACUACUAAGACAGGCCAUGAAUCGUUGACCAUACAGUAGAGAUUCCACACAAAAUAUUCAAUAUUGGAUAUAAAGAGCUUCAAAAUGUUUCAUACUAAACUGUUUGGAAAUAUAUUUGUUAACUCUGUGUACACUUAAUAAAAUUCAGUGUUUUCUUCUCAGAAGAGUUGAGACCAAAGUGAACCUCAUUUAAAGAACACACUUGCUGGUGGUAUCAAUGCACUGGCCUCUUGUUGUAUUUCCAUGUGGAAUGAUGACCCCAUUGCCACUUAUCCCCAUCUGCAAUGUAUUUACUGGGAAAUUAUUUUGUCACUGCUUUCAUAAAUCUCCAUGACAGCCCUUGCCCAGCAUUUAAAAAUUUUGGCCUGCUUAGCUGAUAAAAGUUUCAGUAUAAAUUUAACUGUCUAUGCUUACUUCCUUUUCAUAUUGGAUUCCAUUUUAAUAAAUAAAAAGUUAGCAUAA